AUGUUAGGGUUAACCAUCGUCCUCAAAGAGCCCGGUGGUUCCGACCCUGUUGAGGACAACAAUGCACCUGGCGACCACGUCAACAUCUGGGAAACUUCGCCAGGGUCUCAGGAUGCCUCUGGUCGAAGACAUCGUGACCUGAGUGUUCGUCGUCUGGUAAAAGGAAAAGAAUUCGAAGAGCGAGGCCAAGGGGUUAGAGGGGCACUUGUCGACAAUCGACUUACGAGGGAGAGUGAUGUCGAGGUUCGUCUGGCUGGUCGACGAGACAGAUAUUCUGAUGGUCGCUAUGCAGUUCGUCUUGCUGAAGGCCGUAGUUUUGAUGCCCGACUUUCUGAAGGCCACCAACUUCAUGUCCGACGUGCUGAAGGCCGCCGAAUUGAUACACGACUUGCUGAAGGACGAGGACUUGAUGCUCGACUUGUUGAAGGCCGCCGCCUUCAUGUCCAAUACGAUAAAAUUCGAAGACUUGAUGCCCGACUUUCCGAAGGUCGACAACUUCACGGCCGAAUUGGUGAAGAGCGAUAUCUUGAUGCCAGACAAGUCAAAGAGCAACGACUACUCAACAAGAUCGCUGAACGAAGACUGUUCGUCCAUAAAAGAUCUGAUACACACCUUCGUGGUGGACAAUUUAUUGAUAAACAACCUGACGCAAGGAAGGCUGAAGAACGUCGUCUUGACACAAAGAGAAAUUCCGGAGAACGUCGCCUUGACACGAGGAGGAACUCUGAAGAACGUCGCUUUGACACAAAGAGGAACUCUAAAGAACGACGUCUAGACACAAGGAGGAACUCUGAAGAACUUCUUCUUGACACAAGCAGGAACACCGAAGAACGACGCCUUGACGCAAGGGGGAACUCUAACGAACGUCGCCUUGAGACAACGAGGCGCUCUGAAGAAUGUCGCCUUGACACAAAGAGGAACUUUGAAGAACGACGCCUUGACACAGGAAGGAACACUGAAGAACGGCUCCUUGACACAAGGAGGAACACUGGAGAACAACGCAUUGAAACAAGGAGAAACUCUGAAAAUCGGCGGUUUGACACAAGGAGGAACUCUGCAGAACGACGCCUUGAAACAAGGAAGAACACUGAAGAACGACGCCUUGACACAAGGAUAAACUCUGAAGAACGCCGCCUUGACACAAAAAGGAACUCUGAAAAACAACGCCUUGACGCAAAGAGGAACACUGAAGAACGGCGCCGUGACACAAGGAAUAACAGUGAAGAACGACGCCUUGACACAGAGAGGAACUCUGAAGAACGUCGCCUUGAUACAAAGAAAAACAUUGAAGAAAGUCGCCUUGAUACAAGGAAGAACACUGAAGAACGUCGCCAUGACACAAAGAGGAACUCUGAAGAACGACGCCUUGACACAGGAAGGAACACUGAAGAACGGCUCCUUGACACAAGGAGGAACACUGGAGAACAACGCAUUGACACAAGGAGAAACUCUGAAAAUCGGCGGCUUGACACAAGGAGGAACUCUGCAGAACGACGCCUUAACGCAAAGAGGAACACUGAAGAACGGCGCCUUGACACAAGGAAUAACAGUGAAGAAGGACGCCUUGACACAAAAAGGAACUCUAAAGAACGACGCCUUGACACCGGAAGAAUCACUGAAGAACGGCGCCUUGACACAAGGGAGAGCUCUGAAGAACGACACCUUGACGCAAGGAGGAACUCUGAAGAACGUCGCCUUAACACAGGAAGGAACUCUGAAGAACGUCUCCUUAACACAAGAAGGAGCUCUGAAGAACGUCGUCUUGACACAAAGAGGAACUCUGAAGAACGACGCCUUGACACAGGAAGGAACAGUGAAGAACGGCGCCUUGACACAAGAGCUAACUCUGAAGAACGUCGCCUUGACACUAGGAGGAACUCUGAAGAACGUCGCUUUAGCACACGGAGGAACUCUGAAGAACGUCGUCUUGACACAAGGAGAGCAGAAGAACGUCACCUUGACACGUGGAGGAAUACUGAAGAACGUCCCAUUGACACAAGAAGGAAUACUGAAGAACGUCGCCUUGACGCAAGGAGAAACACUGAAGAGCGUCGCUUUGACGCGUGGAAUAAUGCUGAAGAACGGCGCCUUGAUACAAGGAAGAACACCGAAGAAAGACGCCUUGACACAAGGCGUAACAUUGAAGGACAUCGCCUUGACACAAUAAGGAACACUGAAGAACGUCACCUUGACACAAAAAGGAACACCGAAGAACGUCGCUUUAACACAAGGAUGAAUACUGAAGAACGUCGCUUUGACACAAGAAGGAACACAGAAGAACGUUGUCAUGACACAAAGAGGUACAGUGAAGAACGUCGCCUUGACACAAGAAGGAAUACUGAAGAACGUCGCCUUGAUACAAGGAGGAAUACUGAAGAACGUCGCCUUGAUACAAGGAGGAAUACUGAAGAACGUCCCCUUGACACAAGAAGGAAUACUGAAGAACGUCACAUUGACACAAAGAGAGAACGCACGCAAGGACAUAAAGGUCACUCUUUGCACUACCACCGAGACUGCAUGGGAGGAAUGAGAAUGAUUACUCCAGAGAAGUGUGCUGCCACCGAACAUCAGAACUCAGUCAAGCUCAAGGUAGCCCUCACUAAGCACAUAGUAGCUCAGUAUGCAGCAAGUCAAGUGGAUACCAGCAAAUUAAACAUUGUUCAACUUUCCAUGACGACAGAACGACAGCACAUCCAAAGUGAUAAACUGUAG